CUACUAGUGAAGAAGGGCACGGUCGAGACUUUGCAUAUGCUUUGCAAUACUUUCUGUCACCCGUACCCUCAGGGAUUUCCUCCUUUGGACCAGCACCAGCAGCCUCCUCUAUCCAAUAUCACGGACUCACGGCUUUCUAACAGUUGAGAAUGAUCUGCUUUUCAGAUAAUACCGUCCAGUCGAUUUUCUGCUGUUGCUGUUCCGUGCAGAAGCGACAAGUGAGGACACAAAUAAGCCUUAGCAAAGAUGAAGAACUUUCAGAAAAAUACACGCAGCGUCGCAGACCAUGGUUCAGUGAAUUGCCAAGUAAGAAGCAAUCCAACAGGGGCCGAGUGCAGCCAUCAAAACGCAAGCCGCUGCCUCCCCUCCCACCCUCUGAGUUUGCUGAAGAGAAGAUCCAAGUCAAAGCACUGUAUGAUUUCCUGCCCAGAGAGCCCUGUGACUUAGCCUUAAAGAGAGCAGAGGAAUACCUGAUCUUGGAGAAGUGUAAUCCUCACUGGUGGAAGGCAAGAGACCGCUUGGGGAAUGAAGGCUUAAUUCCAAGCAACUAUGUGACUGAAAACAAACCAACCAACUUAGAAAUAUACGAGUGGUACCAUAGAAAUAUCACCAGAAAUCAGACAGAACGUCUUUUGAGACAAGAGUCUAAAGAAGGUGCAUUUAUUGUCAGAGAUUCAAGACAUUUGGGAUGCUACACCAUUUCUGUGUUUAUAAGAGCUGGGAGAAGUAUGGAGGCUACCAUCAAACAUUAUCAGAUUAAAAGGAAGGACUCAGGACAGUGGUACGUGACUGAAAGACACCUCUUUCAAUCAAUCCCCGAGUUGAUCUGGUAUCACCAGCACAACGCAGCUGGGCUCAUGUCCCGUCUCCGCCACCCAGUUGGGCUGAUGGGCAGUUGUUUGCCGGCCACAGCUGGUUUUAGCUAUGAAAAGUGGGAGAUAGAUCCAUCUGAGUUGGCUUUUGUAAAGGAGAUUGGAAACGGCCAGUUUGGGGUGGUCUAUUUAGGCCAAUGGCGAGCACAUGUCCAGGUAGCUAUCAAGGCCAUCAAUGAAGGCUCCAUGUCUGAAGAGGAUUUCAUUGAAGAGGCUAAAGUGAUGAUGAAGUUGUCUCAUUCAAGGCUCGUUCAGCUUUAUGGAGUGUGUAUACAGCAGAAGCCCCUUUAUAUUGUGACGGAGUUUAUGGAAAAUGGUUGCCUGCUUAACUAUCUCAGAGAGAGGAAAGGAAAACUUAGGAAGGAGAUGCUAUUGAGUGCAUGUCAAGAUAUCUGUGAAGGAAUGGAGUAUCUGGAGAGAAACUGCUUUAUCCACAGGGAUUUAGCCGCGAGGAAUUGUUUGGUCAGUUCUACAAGUAUAGUAAAAAUUUCGGACUUUGGAAUGACAAGGUACGUUUUGGAUGAUGAAUAUAUCAGUUCUUCUGGAGCCAAGUUCCCAGUCAAGUGGUCCCCUCCUGAAGUUUUCCAUUUCAAUAAGUAUAGCAGCAAAUCUGAUGUCUGGUCAUUUGGAGUUUUGAUGUGGGAAGUUUUUACAGAAGGAAAAAUGCCUUUUGAAAAUAAGUCAAAUUUGCAAGUUGUGGAAGCGAUUUCUAAAGGCUUCAGGCUGUACCGACCUCACCUGGCACCGAUUUCCAUAUAUGAAGUCAUGUACAGCUGCUGGCAUGAGAAACCUAAAGGCCGCCCGACGUUUGCUGAGCUGCUGCAGGUUCUCACAGAGAUUGCAGAAACCUGGUGACCUGGAGAGAAUGCCAACCCAGAGCAUCAUGGGGCAAGACUGUCACAAAAGGAAACCCUGGGUGGGGUCACUGAUGGUGAAUAUCUUCCUUUAGAGUCACUGACUCCUGGAAACAGUUCAAAGAUCACAGGCUUUUCCAACUUUUUAAAGCUUAAGAAUAUUCUGACAAUAAUUUUUCUAUGUGUGUUUGAGAGUGACUUCUAAACUCUGAUUUUUCUGUAAUAUUCUUCAUGUCCCAUAUGUGAAGAAGGGAAAAGUGCUCCAUAGUGGUCAUUAUGGUGGCUGCUCUGAGAGCAGCAGAGCCCCUGAGCACACCUGAAAACCUGAUUCUUCACUGAGGAAAAGACUGAAGAGGAGGAACGUUCUUUAUUCUGGUGGCCCAUGCAUGGAAGAUGAAAAUAAAUUCUGCCCGCUCCUGGAAUAAAGGAGCCACCCAUGCAGAGUCUCAUGCUUUUGAACUGUACAGAUCUUUAUGAAAAACGCACCUUUACAAACCGCAUGAAUGUGGGCAUUCUGGAAACUGUCUUUCAUAAUCUUCCCUAUGUUAUUUAACAAAUUAUUUUUGCACAGAUCUGAUUAUUUUGGAGACAGCUUCCUGUGUUCCAGUAUUGAAUACUGUUAGAGGAGAAAGUUCUUCUUUGAA